CAAAUUUUAUUUCAAAGCUAACAACGUACACAAUACCACUCCACCAAUUUAAUGUGCCCCUUCGGAAACCAAACACACACAAGCUGCUCCUCGUCUGUCGUCUGCUCCCAAACGAAAACACGCGAACUACAGAGAACCCGCUGCUCUUCUCGUUCAUGGAUUUGUCUUCGUGGCUUCGACGCAGUUUCUCAAGGAAUACAAGAGAGGUCCCCAAUCCAGAUGCAUCAAGACAGCCCAACAAAGAACAAGAACAUGAAGCAGAAGAGGCAUUUGGAAUAACACAGCAGUUAACUGAUUUUGUCAAGUCCUUCACACUGGAUACCUUCAAGAAUUUCCCUCUCCCAGAUGAUGAGGGAGGUGGUUGGGCUGAUGAUUCGUCGACUUCUUCUUCGGCUAAUUCUCGGAAGGAUCUCUCUGUGUGGCAGGAGCGUCAUGCUACUCUUGUGCUCUCUAGAGUCAAGGAAAUUUCACUACUGAGGUAUAAGUUAUGCCCUCGACACUUGAAGGAGCGACAGUUUUGGAGAAUAUACUUCUCUCUUGUAAAAAGCUACGUGGCUGAAUAUGAGCUGCAUUCAAUACGACUAGCAAAAAUUAGACAGAUGACAAUGGAAAAGGAGAAAUCUUCAGAUAGAGGUGCAUUUGAAGUUGAAAUGGCAGAGACAAAGCAUGCAACAAGUGUAGUGAAUGAAACUUCUUCAGAAUAUGGCUUGAAUCACCUCUCAAGUGGAACUAGAGGAGAUGCAGGGUGAGGUUUUCAAGGAUUCGUUUCAAGUCAUGCUGGCAAUUUCGGUGGGACAGAUUAUGAUAAAGAUCUUAUCAGCAGGAUCAGGAAAAGAAAAGAAAAGAAGAGAAAAAGAAAACACAAAAUUGAGAUUUGACAGUGGAAAUCAGAUCAGACGUGGCUUUAAAAGGCUGUGGUUGCCAUUGGAUGGUCAUUGCAGCUUUACAGCUUAUGACGCAAAGGUGAUUUAAGAUUUCUGGUUUUGGGAGAAGCUUUGAAUUUGAGUUGGUGUGAAUUUGAAACGAAAUAAUAUUGAAUUCUGUCCUAGGAAAUGUGAAAAUGACUUCUAUAU